CUCAUUUGCUCUGAGGCAUUUCCCUUUGCGUUCGCUUUAUACGGUUCUUCACCUUCAGCCGCUGCACUUAUACGAAGACAUGGCAAGAUAUUGUUUUUUCAGUCAACUUUUGCUUUUGUCUUUUGCGGCCUGUUUGCUGGCCUCCGCCUCCAGUCCGAUGAAAGCAGUGCCUCAAAGCCGCAGAGCUGCUGGAGUCUUCAUGCUUAUCGAGGGAGGAAAAUACACCUUCAACUUCACCGCCGCCACGGCCGCCUGCCUGUUCCUGAACGCCACCAUCGCCACCGCAGCCCAGAUGGAGCGAGCGGUGCAGCGUGGACUGCAGACCUGCAAGUUUGGCUGGACAGCCGAACAGAUCGCGGUCGUCCCUCGACUCACAGCUGACCAGAAGUGUGGAAAAGGCAAAACUGGAGUGGUGACGUGGGCUGCGGGCACGGAUAAAAAGUUUGGCGUCUUCUGCUUCAAUGCAUCAGCUUUGGAGGAAACUCCGAACAGCUCAACAGCCAGUCCACAAAGCUCCGCGUUCUCCACCGCACUGACAGCCCUGACCCAGACCGCAACACCCGCUACACCUCCACUCAGCUCAACAACCAAGUCUCCACCUUCAAGACAGCCGAGAACAACAACAACCCCUCAGCAAACAUCUUUCACUCCAGCUUUUACUCUCCCGGCCCAGACGACACAUUCAGCGAUGAUUCCCUCCAUCUCCACCACUCAGACUUCCUCCACCCGUAUUCCUACCGCUCUUUCUCACCUUCUCACCUUGAAACCAACCGUUGGCAGUUUUUCUGCUCGCGCCUCCACUUCCUCUGUUUCCUCAGACUCAGCGAGGCCGCCGUCCGUGAGCUCUACGAAACCUUCUCUAGGAGAUGUGCCAACAGCACUCAUCAUUCUUGGCACCAUCCUUGUGCUCCUGACAGCAGCAGGCGUUGUGUGGUACUACAAACUGAAUAUUUUCACCUUUUGGCCUCAGGGUCAGCAGAAGGACGACACAGAGACAGAGAUGUGGAAGCACACCGACAGCGAGAUGGACCUGCACAGUCAGGAAGGAGAAGAAGAAGAAGAAGAGGAAUCAGACAGGAAGUACUCCAGUGACAUCACACUGUGUGUGAAUCCAGACAUGAAGAUCAACUCAUCUGAGUAGCUUUGUGAUAUUUCUGUGGUGGGUUUUCCUGAAGUACAUAGAAACAAAUUACAGCCACAGUGUUACCUGAUGAAUAAAUUCAUAAUGCAUUUCAGACCAGAGGACGCUUUACUUUAUGAACAAUUUGGUUAAUUGUACUUUUCAAAGUGACUGUAAAUAUGCACAUUCUAAACUUAGUGUUCCUGAGACUGAAAAUUAGCAAUUAUUUGGUUUGUAUUUCCCCAUAUGUUUGUGUGUAUGAGCACCUGAUUUAUCCCUAAAGAUCUUGUUUACAACUUUGAAAUAAAGCAACUUAAUUUUAUAUCAAAUGGUUUAUAUGUACUUACGGAGACUGAGGCAUUACAGCAGCAUUAUUUCCUGCUUUUUCAGUUACUUGAUUAGUAGGUAUAGAAAACAGCUUCCAAAGUGUUAAAUUAAAUGA